AGCAUUGGUCGUCCUUUAGGAUUUGUGAUUGCCAGGCUGAACACCUAAGCCUCGUUAUAUAGGAUCGCUCUGUGUUUAAACGUUCACUUUCGAGUUCCUGAUUUCCUUGUUGAUUGCAGACGGGCCUUUAUUGUGUUGCUACUUUGCUGAAUUGCUCCUGAAUCUUUCCAAACCUGAUUGCAGACGGGUCUUUAUUGUGUUGCUACGUUGCUGAAUUGCUCCUGAAACUUUCCAAACCUGAUUGCAGACGGGUCUUUAUUGUGUUGCUACGUUGCUGAAUUGCUCCUGAAACUUUCCAAACCGGCUCAAGACAAACAAAAGGUGAUACAAGUUGAAAAUGGCCGCUGUUGCAAUAGAAUUCACAGAAGAGCAACUGAACUACUACAGAAUCUGUUACGUUGCCACUGACAUAAUAACUGAGGGUCUCCGAUCAAUUUUCAAGCAAGAAUGGGAUAAUCGCUACAAGACGACGUUAGGAGAAUGGAAAGAUGAACCCAAAAAUGGAAUGGACUUCAAAAACGGGGAGUCUCCAGGAAACCAGAGAAGAAAUGCCAAACUCCUAGCUACCAUGAUUAACGGAGACAGAGCAGAAUGGGAUUGUACCAUGCUUUUUUACGCCAUUCUUUACUCCGAUUGUGUCGGUCACCGUCUCAAUCCAGUGGUCAAAUCAAACGUAGAUGGUCUCAGAAAGUUUAGGAAUAAAGAGUUUGCUCACAUGGCUAAAGGUCACCUCUCGGAUCCAGACUUUCAAAUUGCCAUUGCUAAAGUUGAUGCUGCAUUUCAAGGGCUUGGUCUCUCUAUCUUGCAAAUUCAAGACAUCAGAGAUCAAAGAAGUUUUCCAACAGAGGAGCUAGGAAGGGUCUUGAGAAAGGUUAAUGACCUGAGACAGGAACUUCAAGAAAAGGAAAAGAAGCUUCAAGACAAAGGAAACGAACUUGAAGAAAAAACAAAGGAGCUCCAAGAAAAAGAAAGGACUGUUCAAGAAAAGGAAGAAGAACGACAGGUCCUUGAAGAUCAGUUACACAAAGAAAUUCUCUCCUUUUGUAUUCUUCCUCCUAAACCUUCACACGACGUCGCAAGUCGCGAUUCUGAGGUGGCUGAAAUUAUGCAACAGCUCAAACAGCUUAAAAGCACAAAUAAAAACAAUUUAAGUUUUCUGUACAUCUCCGGGAAUCCUGGAAGUGGAAAAUCUCAACUAGCCGGCCUUGUAGCUGAGCGAUUCUUUGACGAAGGUAAAGAAAUUCCGUGUACUACUUCAUUUGUAAUGACACUGAAUGCUGAAAGCCAAGAUGCCCUUCUGGAAUCGUACACCUCUUUCGCUCGACGACUCAAGUGUUCAGAAUAUGCAGUUACAAACAUCCUUAACUCCAAGGAUCUGACGACUGAAAAAAAGAUCACUAAUCUGAUGACGUUAAUUGGCACAAAAAUCGACCUUUACACGUCCUGGCUUCUGGUGGUGGACAACGUCACUAGCAUAUCACGUGUGCAUGCUCAUCUACCGGAGUCUGGAAAUGAGCAGUGGUUAAGGGGCCAAUUGGUAAUCACAACACAGGACACUGCGUCCAUCCCUUUGACGAAUUCUUUCAUCGAACACAUCUCAGUUAGCAAAGGUAUGAAGCCUCGCGACGCCAGUCGUUUAUUAGCAAAGCUUUCUGGUAUAGAUGACAGCGAGAAGGGAAAUGAAGUAGCGCAAGUACUGGACUACCAGCCUCUUGCCUUGGCAAGCGCCGCCACCUAUGUCAGACAGGUUCGGCAGAACAAGGCAACGUCAUAUUUUGGCUGGAACGACUACCUGGAGAAGCUUAACAAGGGCCACCGAGGUACUACUGAAACAAUCCUUGCUACGACUAAUCCAAGCUAUACAAACACCAUGAGCAAAGCAACAAGACUGGCUGUUGAAAAGGCAAUGACGUCCGACAAAGUGAUACAUCACACGUUCAGUCUCCUCUCGGUGUGUGCAACAACACCAUUAAGUCUAGACAUCGUGAUCAGAUACAUUCUCAACGUUGAUGACGAAAUUAAAGACAAAGAAAUGAUUGCUAUGACAAUUCAAAGAUGCUCACUGCUAUUAUUUGGGGUGGAAGAGGAGGGUAGGGCCUGCAUUCGAGUACAUCAGAUAGUGAGUGAUGUCAUAGAUUCUUUGAUGAGAGGUUUCCCAAAGACUCAACAACUUCAAACUGUAGAUGUCGCCAUUAUAUCAUUCAUCCAGUUCGUAGAAGACGACCUAUCAAUAAGGUGGUUCGACCGAGAUUCUUUUAAAUGCAGCAAGCACCUUGUCCCUCAUUUAAGGACCUUGAUUUCAAAAGCUGAACAUUUGUUUCGUGAACGAGACAUUUCUCAAAACCCCAAAAGCGGUGAAAGAAAUGUUCAGAAUUAUCUGUCUUCAUUUACAAAGCUUGGAGAAAUGUGCCUCACUCAUGAUGUAUUCGACGCAGCAAUAAAGUACUUUAGCCUGGCACUACGAUUCGCCCAGCAUGUUGAUGAAUAUAAUCACAAAUAUGUCGCAAAGUCCUACAAUAACCUGGGUUCAGCACACCACGCCCUGAGUAACCUGGAGAAGGCAUAAGAGUAUCAUGAACGUGCAAUUGCCGUUAGUCUGGAAAAACUCGGUCCUGAUCAUCUAGAUGUCGCAACGUCCUACAAUAACCUGGGGGAAGUACACCACACCCUGG